AUGUCUGGAAUUCAACCACGUCAAAUUAUUUCCUCAUUGCGGCAAAAGAACCCUAAUCUUCAAGCUGUAGCUCGAACUAUAUAUAACUUGAAAAAUAAAAUUCAGAAAGAAAGUUUGGGUAGUCGUUCUCUAAUUCAAGCUCUCUUCGAAGAACUUGAACAAGGAGGUUUCACAUUUACUUAUGUAAAAGACGAUAAAGGUCAUUUAACCCAUGUGUUUUUUGCUCACCCAAGAUCAAUCAUGCUGGCUAAAACAUAUUCCAGUGUAUUUGUGAUGGAUUGCACUUAUAAGACUAAUAAGUAUGGCAUGCCAUUACUUGACAUUAUUGGAAUGACAAGUUUGAACAAGUCAUUUUAUGCCGCCUUUGUUUUUUUACAAAAGGAGAAAGAAGAAGACUAUGUUUGGGCUUUGAAAAAUUUCAGUAGUAUAUUGGGGUUCAAUUGUCAACCACAAGUCAUUGUUACUGAUCGGGAAUUGGCGUUAAUAGGUGCUAUAAAUAUUGUCUUUCCUGAAACCACUCAUCUAUUAUGUGUUUGGCACAUCCAAAAAAAUAUAGUUGCCAAAUGCAAAGGUUAUUUCACAGAAAUAGAAGAUUGGGAUGUGUUUAUGUCUAUGUGGAAUGCAAUGAUAUAUGCGGAAACUGAAGAGCAGUUUGAAGAAAGUUGGUUGUUUUUGCAACUUAUAUACAAAGAGAAGAAUGACAUCAUAGAUUAUAUAUCGAGCACGUGGAUUCCAGUAAAAAAGAAAUUUGUGAGUGUGUGGACCGAAAAGAUUUUGCACUUUGGAAAUCGUGCGUCUUCGAGGGCGGAAGGUGCACACGCAAAACUUAAAAAAUACUUGCAUGUUUCAACUGGAAAUAUUCGUCAAGUCAAAAACAAAAUUUGUCUUGCAAUUGACAAUGAGUUUCAAGAGAUUAAAACGCAAGUGGAAAGUGAAAAACUCCGAGUCCCCCACAAGUACAAUGUUCCUUAUUUCAAGGAUCUUAUGAAUAAGGUAUCCAUAUUUGCUUUGAAAAAGUUAUAUAAACAAUAUGAGAUGGCUAGUUUAGGGACAUUGAAAGCACAAUGUACUGGUAAUUUCGUAGCAACAAUGGGGCUACCUUGUGCUCAUAUGAUGUGUGAUUGGAAGGAAGGGACUUUGCCUUUACACCUUAUAAAUAGUCAAUGGAGGAUUGAUACAAAAUUCAUUACUAGUAUCAAUGAAGACAACACAUGUGCUGAUGAUGAAGAUGAAAUGAAAGAGUUACUUGAUAAAGUAAGCUUACAUUUUAUAAUAUAUACACUAUAA